UAGUGACAUCUUAUUAAAGCGGUACCACGUAAUCCUACCAACACCCUCCCUUGCUUUAAAUCCGCUCGUCCGGUGCAGUUCCGUAGACGCACAGCCUCCUCCUCCAGCAGAGCAGCGCCGCGCCGCGGCUCGUGUACCUCCGGUAACAUGGUGUGCAGCGCGCGGCAGCAGUAGACAGUAUCGCUGGACCGUAAGAGAAGGCGCUCGCACUGCUUGUUCUGCUCUCCUUCCACAACAUAUCAACACAUCGAGGGAAACUUUGCAUUUCUUGGACACGGUCUGACCUGGGGCCUCGGCGUUGUCACUGCGCACACAGAGACGUAUCAUCAUGGGAAAACAGAACAGCAAACUCAGGCCCGAGAUGCUAAUGGACCUGAGGGAGAACACGGAGUUCACUGACCACGAGCUGCAGGAGUGGUACAAGGGGUUCCUGAAAGAUUGCCCCAGUGGGCAUUUGAACGUUGAGGAAUUUAAGAAGAUCUAUGCCAACUUCUUCCCAUACGGUGAUGCCUCUAAGUUUGCUGAGCAUGUCUUUCGUACGUUUGACACGAACAACGAUGGGACCAUUGACUUCCGGGAGUUCAUUAUUGCUCUGAGUGUGACAUCGCGGGGAAAACUGGAGCAGAAGCUGAAGUGGGCUUUCAGCAUGUAUGAUCUGGAUGGCAACGGUUACAUCAGCCGUGAGGAAAUGUUAGAGAUUGUGCAGGCCAUUUAUAAGAUGGUGUCUUCGGUGAUGAAAAUGCCUGAGGAUGAAUCCACACCAGAGAAGAGGACAGAUAAGAUAUUCAGACAAAUGGACCUGAACAAUGAUGGUAAGAUGUGGACCAGUUCUUGACUGUUUGAAUACAUUUUGUAUUGAAAUCUCAAAAUGGCCUGGUGUGAUUAUUAAAU